CGGCGCCGCGGUAGCUGGCUCCAGGUUGUGGCGUCCUAGGAUCCGCGACGGUUUCUGCCCUUGGGGCCGUGGGGGCGGCAACGCUUAGCUGACCCCUGCGGCGGCCCGUAGCUUCGCUUUAGAUACCGGCUCAGGGCGGGGGCUGUUGCUUUCGCUGUGGGUUUGGGGAAGUGCAAGUGACCUCGCUGCAGGUUCCUUGUGCCUCCGCGCUUGCCCGAGGAAGUGGAGGAAGGAGAGCAGCCAGCCACCCGGGUCUUAUGGGACUUCGGCUUUGGAGUUCAUGAGACCUCCGGAGGAGCUACACUUCUGAGGGGGCUGCGGGAGUUCGAGUCCUCGGGUGUGUGAGAAGCAGCCUAAGACCUCGGGGGGCGCGGAUAGGGCCGCAGGGACUUCGCUUCCUUCUCCAGAGGCCUGGCUUCCCCGCGUCUGUUAACCACGUCUUCUUUCCCACUUCUUCUCAAUGUUUUCUCCAUAUAUCUGGAAAUAUGAUCAGCGCCCCUGACGUAGUGGCCUUCACCAAAGAGGACGAGUACGAGGAAGAGCCUUACAAUGAGCCGGCCCUGCCCGAGGAGUACUCCGUGCCGCUCUUUCCCUUUGCCAGCCAGGGUGCCAACCCAUGGUCCAAACUGUCUGGGGCCAAGUUCUCCAGGGACUUCAUUCUUAUUUCCGAAUUCUCCGAGCAGGUGGGACCCCAACCCUUACUGACCAUCCCCAAUGACACCAAAGUUUUUGGCACUUUUGAUCUCAAUUACUUCUCUUUGCGUAUCAUGUCUGUGGAUUACCAGGCUUCCUUCGUGGGCCAUCCUCCUGGUUCUGCAUACCCCAAGCUGAACUUUGUGGAGGACUCCAAGGUGGUGCUGGGAGACUCCAAGGAGGGAGCCUUUGCAUACGUGCACCACCUUACUCUGUACGACCUGGAGGCCCGUGGCUUCGUGAGGCCCUUUUGCAUGGCUUAUAUCUCCGCGGACCAGCAUAAAAUCAUGCAGCAGUUUCAGGAGCUUUCGGGUGAAUUUUCCAAAGCUUCUGAGUGCUUGAAGACUGGCAACAGGAAGGCAUUUGCUGGGGAACUUGAAAAAAAGCUGAAAGACCUGGAUUACACCAGGACAGUGCUGCACACAGAAACAGAGAUCCAGAAGAAAGCCAAUGACAAAGGCUUUUACUCAUCUCAGGCAAUUGAGAAAGCCAAUGAACUGGCCAGUGUGGAGAAGUCCAUUAUUGAACAUCAAGACCUGCUGAAGCAGAUCCGCUCAUACCCUAAUCGGAAGUUGAAGGGGUCUGAUUUGUGUUCUGGUGAGGUGGUGCACACCCAGGAUCAGGCUGACCAGGCAUCCACUACCUCUAACCCUGAUGAGUCUGCUAACACAGAUCUUUACACCUGCAGACCAGCCUACACCCCAAAACUCAUCAAAGCAAAGUCCACCAAGUGUUUUGACAAGAAGUUGAAGACCUUGGAGGAGCUCUGUGACACCGAGUAUUUCACCCAGACCCUGGCUCAGCUCAGCCACAUUGAGCACAUGUUCAGAGGAGACCUGUGCUACCUCCUGACCAGUCAGAUUGACAGAGCACUUCUAAAACAACAGCACAUUACAAACUUCCUCUUUGAAGACUUUGUGGAGGUUGAUGACAGGAUGGUGGAGAAACAAGAGAGCAUACCCUCUAAGCCCAGUCAAGACAGGCCACCUUCCAUGUCUCCGGAAGAAUGCCCAAUUCCUAAAGUGUUAAUUAGUGUUGGUUCUUACAAGUCCAGUGUGGAGUCUGUGCUGAUUAAAAUGGAGCAGGAACUUGGGGAUGAGGAGUACAAGGAAGUGGAAGUGACAGAAUUGAGCAGUUUUGACCCCCAGGAAAACUUGGACUAUCUGGAUAUGGAUAUGAAAGGGAGUAUCAGCAGUGGUGAAAGCAUCGAGGUUCUGGGCACGGAGAAAUCCACCUCUGUGCUGUCCAAGUCCGACAGCCAGGCCAGCCUCACAGUACCAUUGAGUCCUCAGGUAGUCCGGAGCAAAGCAGUCAGCCACAGGACCAUCAGCGAGGACAGUAUUGAAGUCCUCAGCACCUGCCCCUCGGAGGCCCUCAUCCCUGAUGACUUUAAGGCCAGCUACCCAAGUGCCAUUAAUGAAGAAUCAUAUGCCAUUAAUGAAGAAUCAUAUGCAGAUGAUAAUGAGGGGGCCAUCCACUUCCGGGCAAACAUCAGUCCUCCAGAGCUGGGUGAGGCAGAGGAAGGCAGCUCAGAAAACACCCCAUCACAAAUAGACUCCUCCUGCUGUAUUGGGAAGGAGAGUGAUGGUCAGCUGGUGCCUCUCUCUACUCCAGCCCACACACUCUCCGAUGAGGAUGGAGUGGUGAGCAUCCCCCCACAGCGCCACAGGCAGAAGGACCAGGGGUUCCGUGUGGACUUUUCGGUGGGAAACACCAACCCUUCUUCCCAAGACAACAGUUGCGAAGGGUUCCCUGCUUAUGAACUGGACCCAAGCCAUCUGCUGGCUAGCCGGGAUGUCAGCAAGAGUAGCCUGGACAACUACUCAGACACCACCAGCCACAUGAGCAGCAUAGCCUCCACCAGCUCGGACAGGAUCCCCUCCUCUGCCCAUCCUGCUGCCCUGUCUUCUGAAAGGCAUAAAAAGAGGGCUGGCCAGAACGCCUUAAGAUUCAUCCGCCAGUACCCCUUUGCCCACCCAGCCAUCUACUCCCUGCUCAGCGGGAGGACACUUGUGGUUCUGGGAGAAGAUGAGGCCAUAGUCAGGAAGCUUGUGACGGCGCUGUCCAUCUUUGUCCCCAACUACGGCUGCUACACCAAGCCUGUGAAGCACUGGGCCUCCCCCCCAUUGCACAUUAUGGAUUUUCAGAAGUGGAAGCUUAUUGGCCUACAGAGAGUGGCCUCCCCUGCUGGUGCUGGCACCCUCCACGCCUUGAGCCGCUACAGCCGCUACACUAGCAUCCUGGACCUGGACAAUAAGACCCUGCGCUGCCCACUCUACAGAGGCACCCUGGUGCCCCGCCUGGCCGACCAUCGCACCCAGAUCAAGCGGGGCAGCACCUACUACCUGCAUGUCCAGAGCAUGUUCACCCAGCUCUGCUCCAAGGCCUUCCUCUAUACCUUCUGCCACCACCUGCACCUGCCCGCCCAUGACAAGGAGACUGAGCAGUUGCUGGCCAGCCGCCAGGCAAGCUUCCUGAAGCUGAACCUGGGUCUGGUGAACGAGGACGUCAGAGUGGUCCAGUACCUGGCCGAGCUGCUGAAGCUGCACUACAUGCAGGAGUCUCCCGGGACCAGCCACCCCAUGCUCAGGUGUGACUACGUCCCCAGCUUUUUGUACAAAAUCUGAGGUUGGUCCCAG